AUGCCUGAGUGCUUAUCCAAAUCCCUUGGGCUCAUCGAAGGUUAUGGUGGACGGGGCAAAGGGGGCCUUCCCGCUACCCUUUCCCCGGCCGAAGAAGAAAAAGCCAAGGGACCCCAUGAGAAGUAUGGCUACAAUUCCUACCUCAGUGAAAAAAUUUCACUGGAUCGUUCCAUUCCGGAUUAUCGUCCCACCAAGUGCAAGGAGCUGAAGUACUCCAAGGAGCUGCCCCAGAUCUCCAUCAUAUUCAUCUUCGUGAACGAGGCCCUGUCAGUGAUCCUGCGGUCAGUCCACAGCGCGGUCAACCACACGCCGACGCACCUGCUGAAGGAAAUCAUCCUGGUGGACGACAACAGUGACGAAGAGGAGCUGAAGGCCCCGCUGGAAGAGUACGUCCAGAAGCGCUACCCUGGGCUGGUGAAGGUGGUACGCAACCAAAAAAGAGAGGGCCUGAUCCGAGCUCGCAUCGAGGGCUGGAAGGCGGCCACUGGCCAGGUCACUGGCUUCUUCGAUGCCCACGUGGAAUUCACAGCUGGCUGGGCCGAGCCGGUUCUGUCCCGAAUCCAGGAGAACCGGAAGCGAGUGAUCCUUCCAUCCAUCGACAACAUCAAACAGGACACCUUCGAGGUGCAGCGCUAUGAGAACUCGGCCCACGGCUACAGCUGGGAGCUGUGGUGCAUGUACAUCAGCCCCCCGAAAGACUGGUGGGACGCCGGAGACCCCUCUCUCCCCAUCAGCACACCAGCCAUUAAGUUACCUUGGCCCCACUCUGGUCCUGGGACCAGGGCGGCCGACACGGAGGCCCCAGCCGUGGUCCCGGCCCCCACGGCGUGA